AAUUGGACCAAAUGAAUUUGAUGAGUACAAAUUCAAAGCAUUUCAAUUUAGCAAAAUAACUCUUGUCAAAGAACUAAUGAGACACAGCAUAUCAUUAAUAGUUAGACGAUUUGCUUUUAAUGAUAAGGAUCUAAAU